CGAUAGGAUGUGUCAAAUAACGCCUCCUGCUAUCGAUAUCAAUCAAGAAAAAAUAAAAUUUAUUAAAUAGAAUUGUACAUAGGAAAUUGUGAAGCUCGGAGCGAAAAAAAAGCUGGGUUAGCCGGAAAUGCCAACCAAGUUGGUGGGCUAAAAGAGUGAAUCCUAACUAGAGUUAAAAAAAAAAACGCGGACGAGGAGCAGCAGGAGAGUAGCAGCUGACCACCAGUGGACCAGUGGAGGAGCGACCGUGCGAGCGAGCGUAGCGGAGCAGAGCAGUUAGAGUAGUGUUUAGCGUUCAGUUGACCGUUUAGCGGACAUGAACGAGGAAAUUGUGCGGGAGCAGCGCGGCGGCGAGGAUUCCUCAUCCUCCGUCAUACCGAAAAGUCCAACGGCAUCGGCGUCGAUGACGUUGGCCUCGGCGGCCUUGGAAUCGCACACGACGACCACCAUCACAACCGCCAGUAGCAACCCCCCCACCAGUGGAGCAGGUGCAUCCGUCUCGCCGUCCUCUCCAUCUGCAUCGGCAUCAGCAUCGGCAUUAGCUACAGCAUCAGCAUCGGCGUCCAGCGGGCAGGAAAGGCAGCCGUUGCAGCUGCCCCUGCUGAAUGCCACCGAUAUGCGCGAACUGCGCGAAAUCAAGCAGUUGCUGUGGGGCGACAAUGUGCGCGAAGAUGUAUUCAAGCGUUGGUCUCAAGGAUUCGAGUUUAGUAAAGUGGAACCGUCUGCAUUGGUGCAGAAGCAGGGCGGUCCUUGUGCUGUGAUAGCGCCGGUGCAGGCGUACUUGCUUAAGAUUAUUAUCAUGGACUUGCCAGGCGUCAAGUUGUCGGAGAUUCCCCUGGACAAAUCGCAGAACCUGCUGAUCCAGGCAUUGUGCAACAUCCUGAAGAAUUGCCGGGCGCCACGCUACCGCAUCGUCCAUCUCUUGCGCCGUCGUGGAAAUGCUACAGAGGCUGGAUCAACCAAAGAGCGCUCGCCAGUUGGCGAGGCAGGAUCUGCUCCAGCUGGCCAAGCGGCAGGAUCUUCCGAAGAGGUGGAGGUGGCGGCUGAAGCCACUCCCGCCUCGGUCAACGACUUAUCCCAGGACCUGCAGCUUGAUCAGGAUAUGCACCGCGAACUGUCGCCGGAUGAGUUCCACGAGCGCCUGCACACGCUCCACUUUGACGAUAUCGCCGCCGUGGCCCGCUACUAUAUGGAGAACUACGGCCAACUGGCGCACACUUACGGCGUGCUGCUGUUCAUGUACUCGGUGUUCCUUACCAAGGGCUCGGAGCUGGUCGCGGCCGAUAUAUCGGACACGUCGGAGCCCCUGAUACACAGCACGUACGGCUAUGGCGGCCAGUCGCUGAUUAACCUGAUGCUAACUGGGCGCGCGGUCGCCCAUGUCUGGGAUAAUGAGCAGGAUGUUGGUGGACUGAAGCUGCGCGGCAUCUGUGAGCAGAGCGACAUCGGCUUCAUAACGCUGAUGGAACAGAUGCGUUACUGCACCGUGGGUUCCUUCUUCAAGAACCCACGCUAUCCCGUAUGGGUGAUGGGGUCCGAUACGCAUUUAACCGUUCUGUUCAGCAACGAAAAGAGGCUUGUCUCGCCAGAGACGCCCUCGGAAACUGGUCGUCGCAUCUUCAAAUCCUACGACCCGGAGGGCAACAAUUUCAUAUCGACCACUAUGCUGCGCGAAGUUCUCGCCGCCUUGAAUCUGGUCAGCGAGCCAGCCUAUGUGGCUCUCAUGCAGAAACGUCUUGAUCCGGAGAACUUGGGCAUUAUACUGCUGAAUGCCUUCAUGGACGAGUUCUUCCCGCUGGAGCGCCGCUCCACGCCGGAUACGUUUGAGCUGAUGCACUACAACGGCAUACCGGGCUCCAAUGAGAACAACAAGGUGCGCUACUAUUGUGGAUCGGCCAUUUUGCUGGAGGGCGAUCUGAAGUCGAUCUGCACCUCAAACCCGAUGGUCACUUGCCUGCAGACCAAGUGGCCAAACAUCGAGAUAAACUGGCACGACGCCCAUAUGCCCUCCUUGAAUUGACGUCGUCAUGGGGGACAGAAAAAAAUGCAGCAGAAGAUUGACCAGGGUCGCAUGGUACACCAUGGACAUGGUACUGUGAUGAAGAAACCACUGCUGUAGAUGCAUGAAGACGCGAUUGCACGUUUUUAUUUCACACACACACACUUCAAUUGUUUUUUUUUGUAUUUAUUUGAAAAUAUUUGAGAAACUGCUGGAGUGGAACGCACCAACCAAACCCAUUAACAAACCCAUUCAAAAAACACAAAAGAAAAACAAAAAGCAAGAAUAGCAGCUAAACACUAACAGAUUCGCUUCGGAAAAAGCUGCAGCCAUGUUAAGGAAUCCGCAGGAGAGUAGAAGAUUUACGCCAAGCGUUAAACCCACACAAAACGCCCCAAGAAAAUUUCCCAACAUAUGCAUAGUUGUAUGCAGCAUGGAAAUGGAAAACGGAGUCGUGCGGGCAAAAGAAAGAACAUACAUCUUAAAGAAAAAAAAAAAAAAAACUCAAAUCUAAUUUCGAAAAUUGUACGUUUAAAUUUGCAUUGCAAAAACUAAACUCAACUAAAAAUACAGGCAACACAAAUAUACCUUUAUGAAUAAACUAAAAAUCUAAAAGAACAAA